UUUCAUUUCAUUUCCCGCUCUGUGCGAUUCCCCUCUUUGUUACCAAAAAAGAAAAAACUCCUUUCUCCUCUCUUCCAUCUCCGCCGAAGCUCCUCACCAUUCUCACAACACAGUUUUCAGAACUUCAAAAAUGGGUGAAAAUCCGAAACGCGAAUGGUCGAUCAAAGACUUCGAAAUCGGAAAACCGCUCGGGAAAGGCAAAUUCGGUAGAGUCUACGUCGCCAGAGAAAUCAAGAGUAAAUAUGUGAUUGCGUUGAAGGUUAUCCAUAAGGAACAACUAGAAAAGUAUAACAUUCUCCAUCAACUAAGGAGGGAAAUGGAGAUUCAGAUAAGUCUUACACAUCCAAACAUCUUGCGUCUCUAUGGUUGGUUUUAUGACGACCAGCGUGUUUACUUGAUUCUUGAAUAUGCUCAUAACGGUGAGUUAUACAAGGAGCUUCGCAAAAGAGGUCGUUUCUCUGAGAAGCAAGCUGCAACGUACAUUUUAAGCCUCACAAAGGCGUUGGCGUAUUGUCACGAGAAGCAUGUUAUUCACAGAGAUAUCAAGCCUGAAAACUUGUUGCUUGACCAUGAGGGUCGUCUUAAGAUUGCCGACUUUGGUUGGUCUGUACAAUCUAAAAACAAAAGACAAACCAUGUGUGGAACAUUGGAUUACCUAGCUCCUGAGAUGGUAGAAAACAGAGGUCAUGAUUAUGCCAUUGAUAACUGGACUCUAGGUAUCCUUUGUUAUGAGUUUCUCUAUGGUGUUACUCCAUUUGAGGCUGAGGGUCAAAAUGAAACCUUCCAGAGGAUAAGAAAUGUUGAUCUGAACUUUCCUCCUGCCCCUCUUGUUUCUAAAAAUGCCAAACAUCUUAUAAGUCGGCUCCUGAUAAAAGAUUCUUCAAAAAGGCUCUCACUUCAGAAGAUAAUGGAGCAUCCUUGGAUAAAAGAAAAUGCAACUGAUAUGAGUGUCGGCGAGUAGUAUCUAACGACUUUUUACAUGCAGUGGCCUAUCCAUAUGAUAGCUGAGUCUUGAUUUUGAAUUACAGCCCGACAUCUCUCCAUAAUUCACAAUUUACUCUGUAUGGUUUCAUUUUUUUUCUUUUGUUAACUUUGAGAAUGAAACAACAAUUGUACUAAUUUCGCCUAGUUUUAGGAGCAUUAAAGGUCCAUGUUUGAGAGAAAGUUUUUUGUAGACCAUGAUGAGAAAGUUUUCCUGCAAAUAUUAGUUAAUGCAAAUUAACAAAGCAAAGUUGAAAUUCCAUGGCAUGCAUUAAGGAGAGACUAGUAAAUUCUUGAUGUUUUU